CUGCCGCCCUCCACUCUUCACCGACGGCGCGUUCCACCCGGAGCCCGGGCGCACCGUCGGGGUGGACCGGACGGCCCCGAGCGUCUCGCUGGACCCGCUGCAGGCGGGCCUGCCGGAGCGGCUGGCGGCCCUGCUGCCGCCAGAGGGCCUCGUGGUGGAGCUGUGGGAGAUGGGCGGCAAGCUCCAGGACCGGCAGCGCGGGCGCGGGGCGAUGCGGCCGCACGGCCUGCUCGCGUGCCACGAGCUGGGCGACCCCAUCGGGCUCAGCCGCGCCACGCACGCGCUGCUCAACCACCGCCUGGACUGGCACCUGGCGCACGACCGGGCGGAUCCGGCGGGCCUCGCCGCGAGGCCCCCAGGCCCGGCCGCCGUCCUCUGCGGCACCAAGGCCGACCUCGGUGGCGAGGGCCCCGCGGCGGAGCGCGCGGCCGAGGCGCUCGAGCUGGCGCGGGCGCGGGGGCCCUGCGCCGCCGCGGUGGAGGCGUCCGCGCUCACGGGGCAGGGCGUCGCCGGGGCGUUCUACGCGCUGCUGGAGGCGGUCCUCGAGGCCGAGGAGGAGGCCGAGGCCGAGCGCCUGGCCGCGGGCGGGGCCUGGCCGGCGACAGGCGCCGGGCCGCUCGCGCGGGGCAGGGCAGAGGAGGGCGCCCCGACGCUGACGGACCCCUGCGGCCUGUCCCCCCGCGAGCCGCCCCCGGUCGCGCCUGCGCAGCCGGAGCUCGUGGAGGUAUUCGACGGGCCCCUCGCCGAGUCGCCGUACGGCGUGCGCGGGGCCGCAGAGUGCCUGCAGCGAGGCCUGUGGCACCGCGCCGUGCACGUGUGGCUGCUGGACGCCCGCACGGGCGGCCUGCUGCUGCGGCGGCACUCGAGGCAGAGCUCGCGGAACCCGGGCCGCUGGGGGCCCUCCUGCCACGACAGCGUGCGUUGCUGCGCGCCCAUCCCGGCCAGCCGCCAGGGCCCAGCGCCGCCGCCGAGUCCUCGCGCGGGCCAGUCCGUUCCGGGGAGCGCUCCGCGGAGGGCUCCUCCAUGGUGGCUCCGGGGAGCGCCCCGCGGUCGAGGGGCCACGCUCUCCGCGGGCUUCCCCUGCGCGGCCACGGCUUCUGCCAGGGGGCUUCCCGGGUGGCCUAG